AUGUCAAGUUCAACUAUUGCAACGCUCAGUAUUGCUGGUCAACAAAUAGUGAUUUGUGGAGGUAUUUUUCUUUUCAUUACUGGUGUUGUUGGAGGACCAUUAAUGCUAAUUACUUUAUUAAGUCUUCGUACAUUCCGAGAAAAUUCAUGUGCUUUUUAUUUAAUUAUCAUGUCAAUCGUGAAUAUUUUAAAUUUAUUUAUUGCUUUAUUAACUUUUAUAAUGACAACUGGUUUUGGUAUUAAUUGGUUGAAUAUGUCUCGUAGUUUUUGUAAAUUUCGACCAUUUUAUCUUCAAUUUGGUAAUAUUAUGUCAUUUACAUGUAUUUGUUUAGCAACAAUUGAUCAAUUUUUUGCGACUUGUUCGAAUCAACGAUGGCAUCAAUGGAAUCGAAUUAAGAUAGCUAAACGAUUAAUAUUAGGUGCAAUUCUAUUUUGUUUAUUACAUGGAAUUCCAUUUUUAUUAUAUUAUGAUUUGAAUAUUUCAUCAACAACAGGCAAUUCUAUAUGUGGCUUCACUAAUGUUAUUUUUCAAACAUAUUUCAAUGUUUUUCAUUUUCCUGUUUUAAUUACUUCUUUACCUGUUUUUAUUAUUCUUCUAUUUGGUUUUUUAGCAUAUAGAAAUCUUCAACAUAUUUCUCAUCGAACAAUUCCUUUAGUUCGACGUGAACUUGAUAAACAAUUAACAACAAUGAUUCUUGCUGAAGCAUUGAGUGAAGUUAUUUUUGUAACACCAACAUGUAUUCUUAAUCUUGUCAAUUAUUUAAUUGGAAAUUCAAGUGAUCCAUUUACUGUAGCUUUGAUAAGUUUUUUUCGAAAUUUAACUGGAAUAUUUUAUUACAUUCAUUUUGUAAGUCCAUUCUAUAUCUACUUUUGUGCAUCUAAACGUUUUCGUCAACAAUUGAUUUAUGUUUUAUUUAAAGUUCAUUAUAAUCGAUGGCGCCAUCAAAGAGUAGUCGAUGUUGCAAAUAUUGACAUAUAA